CAGCCGCGAUGACUCCCACACUGCCUCAGCGAUGUCGCACCCGAGAACAGUUUUUAUCCUAAAAAACAUCUACCUCAGAUGAUCAGCUGUGAGUCCGCGCGUGUGUGUCCGAGAAAAGCGUUUCUGCACUGCGAUGCUGACAACAUGUUUGCUCGUCGAGAAGCUCAGCGCUGUGCAGCAUAGAGGAGGCGGCAGAGUGGAGCAGCGUGCACACUUACAGCAGGCUGUUGCAGUCAGGCAGCAUCAUGGAGGCUGGAUGUGUGGUUGCCGCGGUGAUUGAGAAUGCUGCCUCAGGACCCCAGGGUGAACCAGGAAGUAGUGACGUCCUUGAGGGAGAUGCGCUACCAUCUACUGACCUGGACAAAGACGAUGCCUUACCUCAUGCAACCAACAGUAAUCCUCCAGAAGACAAACAGCCACAGGAGACAUCCACUGCCAUGGUGAAGACUGAUGAGAUCACAGAACACCCAGCCGAGCCCCUCCUGCGCUCCUGCGUCAGCACAGCUAGCAUGAAGGUCAAGAACAUGAAGAAGCUGACGUUCCCCAGAGGUCACUUCCCCAGGUUGGCAGAGUGCGCCCAUUUCCACUAUGAGACUGUUGACUUUGGCAAUGUUCAGUUGGCCUUCGCAGAGGGGCAGAGUGAAGGACCGAAGCCUGGUCUGGACUCCAAAGAGCUGGUCUUUCUGGUCCAGAUCACUUGCCAGGGUCGAAACUGGCUGGUAAAGAGAUCCUACGAAGACUUCCGGGUGCUCGACAAACACCUGCACUUGUGUAUCUAUGACCGCCGUUACUCUCAGCUCACCGAGCUGCCACGAUACGACACAUUAAAGGACACUGUUGAGUCUGUGACCAAGAUGCUGGCGACCUACCUGUCACGCUUCUCUGCCAUCGCUGACAACAAGAUAAACUGUGGUCCAGUGCUAACAUGGAUGGAGAUCGACAACAAGGGGAAUCAUCUGCUGGUGUCUGAAGAAGCUUCCAUCAACGUCCCUGCCAUCGCUGCUGCCCACGUCACCAAACGCUACACGGCCCAGGCCACAGACGAGUUGACCUUUGAGGUGGGGGACAUUGUGUCAGUGAUAGACAUGCCUCCCAAAGAAGACACAGGCUGGUGGAGAGGGAAGCACGGCUUUCAGGUUGGUUUCUUCCCCUGCGACUGUGUUGAGCUGAUAAAUGACAAGAUCCCCCCCAGUGUUCAAAGCUCGGUGCCAAAACCAUACUCCUCAAUGUGUCUGUCCUUCUGCUUGAUGAUUUAUUUAACACUUGCUCCCAGGAUGCCAGACGGAUUGAUUUAAAGUGGCUGCUGUGUGUGUGUGUCAUGUUAAUCAGUGUGUAAGAAGCAUGGGAAGCUGGUAACAUUCCUGAGGACUUUUAUGAAGUCCCGACCCCCACCUCAGAAGCUGCGGCAGCGCGGCAUCCUCAGAGAGAGAGUGUUUGGCUGUGACCUGGGGGAACAUCUCCACAACUCAGGACAUGAGGUCCCGCAGGUUGUUAAGAGCUGUGCUGACUUCAUAGAGAAACAUGGCGUUGUGGAUGGUAUCUACAGGCUGUCUGGGAUCUCCUCCAACAUCCAGAAACUGAGGCACGAGUUUGACUCAGAGCAGAUUCCAGACCUGAGCAGGGACGUCUUCAGACAGGACAUCCACUCAGUGGGUUCCCUCUGCAAGCUGUACUUCAGAGAGCUACCCAACCCUCUGCUCACCUACCAGCUCUACGACAGAUUCUCAGAGGCCGUGUCUGCAGCCACAGAUGAGGAGAGGCUGGUUAAAAUCCACAAUGUCAUCCAGCAGCUGCCUCCUCCACACUACAGGACUCUGGAGUACCUCAUGAGACACCUCUCCCACCUUGCCACCUUCAGUCCCAUCACCAACAUGCACACUAAAAACUUGGCCAUCGUCUGGGCGCCUAACCUCCUCAGGUCCAGACAGAUCGAGUCGGCCUGUUUUAGCGGCACGGCGGCGUUCAUGGAGGUGCGUAUCCAGUCAGUGGUGGUGGAGUUCAUCCUGAACAACACUGAGGCUCUCUUCAGCACUAAACUCAAUGCCAUCAUACGUGAUAGCACAGGUAACAAUACCUUAUCCAGACCCAAGUCCCUGCUGGUCUGCUCCCCAUCCACAAAGCUACUGUCUCUUGAGGAGGCCCAGGCUCGCACUCAGGCACAGCUGGGCUCCCCAGCCACCACCCCCUGCCUCACCCACAGCGACUACAUUGAGGUUGGGGAGGGACCUGGAGCGCUGCUUGGCAAGUUUCACACAGUCAUCGAGCUUCCCAUGGAGAGCGGCAAGCGGCCUCCUGUUAAGGCUAAGAAGUCUCCUGUGGGGAACUGGCUCUCCUUUUUCCACCUGGGCAAGUCCCACUCUGUGUCCAAACGUAAACUGAAGCGACACCCCAGCGAGCCUAACGAGAUAAAGAGCAUUGCACUGCCAGGUGGAAGAGGAGAUAGCGGCACAUUGCGCUCUACAAAAAGCGAGGAAUCUCUCACCUCUUUGCACAAUGUGGAAGGGGAACCUCCGAGUUACCGCCCCCGCAGACCUCGCUCUACCAGUGAGGCCAUUUCUGGCGUCUGUAGAAAUGACGUACGCAACCCCAGAAGUAAAGACGAACACAAAACACACCCACUGAACGGGAAUCAUAAUGGUGCUGAUCGUGUCCACACCGCAGCAAGCAUUUCACCUCCACACCAGGAGGAUGAUCUUGAUCUUUGCCCUCCAGCUGCAGGCAUCUACAGUUUGGACUUUGACCCCAUGUCUUUCCAGUGCAGCCCAGCAGCAGCAACGCCUGGGCUGCAACACAAAGAUGGAAAUAAAUGGAGGAAGAGCGCAGGAUGCUCUAGUGAAUCAGAGCCCAUCUCCUCCCCUAACAACAACAUUAGCGGCUAUCAGUCUCCAGACAUUAGUCCUGUCCUCGCUAAAGGUGGGAAGAAGGUUACAUCCAAGCUGCUGUCUCCUAAACUCAGGAAGAAAUCUUUUAAGACGCAGGCAGAUGUUCAGAAUGCAUCCGCCUCUCCUCCACCUCUUCCUUCUUCUUCCCCCCCAGAGGAGAAGUGCAAGGCUCUGCUGGCAGAUGGAAAGGAGCCGAGGGUACCCUUCCCACACUGCAGCCCACUCAGCACAGCGAGCCAGGCGUCAGCCCUGACAGACCUCAGCCAGUCUGCACAGAACCUCCCCGAUCCAGGAACAGAUAGACUUAUGAGUUCAGUGUCUGUUCUCCCUCCUCACCCUCCCUUGACGAGUGCUGCCCGCAAGUUGGCUCUGGCUCUAGCUGAAUCUGCCCAGAAGGCCAGCAGUGGCUCCCAGAGAAGAAACAAUGUCCCACCGCACCCUCACCAGAGACAAGAAGCUCCUCACGCCCAGGACAGACCGCCCCGGCCCUCUGUUCUCGAUCUGAAAGUGUACCCUCAGGAGUACUGCGGUCCGCAUGUUUCCCAGUGGCAAACAUCAGCUCACAGCCCCGUGGAGAGCCACCGCUGCCCUCAUCCUGUUCAUUUCCUACCUGCGCACCUCGGCUCGGAGCCGUCGCAGGUCAUCGACGGACAGGAAAGCAUGUGCAAUUUCACGCCUAAUGUCAGCCCACUGGGGUCAGGGAGCUUGGAUGAAGGCAGUGCGGAGCGGAGAGACUGCAGGGAGGACAGAGAUGCCACACAAGCAGAGCCCACCUAUCACAGUGUUGGCGUUUCAACACCCACCCAGCCUGUGUGCUCCGCUCAGAGCCCGUCAACUUCGCCUGUAUAUGUUAACACCGACUCUAUCAAUGUAUUUAAUUUCCGCGCUGUUCUGGCGGAGACCUCCAUGCCUGCCUCAAUCGAGGAGGUCAUUCCACAUCCAUUACAGCCCUCCUCAACCCAUCACUACAGCCCAGAGGAGGACAGACCUCUCGUUGAGGACGUCUACAGCAAUCAGCAUCAUCGGCCGAUUCCAACAGGACGAAUGCCCGCACCUCACUGCCCACGGCCCAAUGCUCUGCCACCUCACCUUUUGGGGCCAAAAAGCAUAUACAGGCAGUCCUCUGAGGGCCACUACAGCAGUUUAGGGUUAAGGCACCCUUUGUCUCCUCAAUACAGACGUUACCACAGAGAUGAGCACCUUAUGAGUGGCUGCCACAGGCAACAAGGCCAGUGGCAGAGGUCAGACGAUAGAAUAAUCGGACACCCGGCCAUCCGGAGGGCUCGCUCCUUCCACGCCCCUCAGAUUAGUCACUACGAGCUGGCGGAGACAGAAGUCUUGCCCCCUGACACCAUGUUUUAUGUCGAGCAGGCGUCGAGUCAGGAGGCGCCCUAUCAGAGGCUGGUUCAGACCGGCAUCCACCCCGCUCGUCCGCAGUUUGAGAGCGCACAUGCUGAGUAUCGUUACAGCCCCUAUUCUGAUUUGAACCCAGAAGAUGGCUCCCAUUAUUAUGUGGAGCCCUGCCAACAAAGCGGCAUCCGACACAGUCAGUCUUACACCAUGCGUUCUAUGAGGGGACAAUCAGAUUACUACAACUACUCUCCUCAUCGCGUCCCUCCUGUGAACAGGGAGCUUUACAUUCAAAGCAGGGACACUGUCGUUUACGAGGCUAGAGAUUCAGAAGUUUUUGAAAGAGUUGUGUAUCAACCGGUCAAGCAGGAGAGCAAAUCCAGGUGUCAAACUACAGCUGUGUCUCCCUACGAAAGUCCCAUCUCACCGACUGAAACAAGAAACAGAGACAUUGUGCACACAAGAAGCAAGUCAGACCCUGGAAACGCCUGUCUCCUUUCCGCCAACAGGACAGAAAGCCAAAAUGUUGUGGUAGCUACAUCCCCAACUUCCCCGAGAUCACAGCAGGCAGACUCUGAGGCCACCAGGCAGCAGUACGGUCACCGCUCGAGUGCUGAGCUGGGACCAUCCAGGCGGAUACAGAUCAAAGAGAGCUCCUCACAGCAACCACCGCUUCGAAAAGUCCCCUCACUUCCAGAGAGGGGCUGUCCUAACCUCAAGAGCAUCGAGCACAACAACAGGAGCCACGCGCGAGGUCACGACCAGGAUCGAUUCAUGAUGACCAACGCUGUCAACAGCUACUCCGGUGUUGCAAAACCCGGCAUCCUCAGGAGGCCGGGGAGGUCGCAGAGCACCAGAGAAAAUCGCCACUACUAUCAUUACCAUGCCAAAUCCCCUCAGGAUCCCGAACAUCUGGGAUCUUUUUCCACUCAGCCUAACAGAAGGACUCAGAGCACUAAAGUCAGGCCCACACAAUAUGAUCACAAGGAGGGGUAUUACGCAGCGCCCAGACCCAAACCCACAAGAUCUGUUAAAGCCGUGGCCGGAUAUUUGCCCGGCCAGGGCUGCAUGUCUCCCCGCGGGCACAGACUGCUGUCCAAGGCUCUGGGUCACGAGGCUUUUUAUCAUGCUGCACUGAGAUCAGAGGCCGGUGUCUACGACUGAUUCUGACCACUGGUUUUGUCCAGUGGUCACUGGUUUUGUCCACAUCGGGGGCCAAAGGAGAACAGCACUUUAUCCUCUGCCAGACCAACAGACUGUUGUGUUGAAAGUGUGUUUGUUUUAACCAUCAGGAGCUGCUAAAAAGUGUGAAGUGAGGUUGCUGCUGGGGAUCAUACUGUCGCCAUCACUGGUAAUUUCAUAUUUUUGCUUUUGAGGGAGCUCAAAGGGAACAAGUGUGCAGAUAUUGUCUUAACUUUAUUUGAACUAUGAGAGGCAUGCUUGAGAAAAUGAUGGCUUAUAUAUUUUAUUUAAUGUCUAAACAACAAGAGAUGCCAAGCUAAACUGGUUUUAUUAAUAUGAUUUCACUAUAGGAAUGUGUAUAAAAUAACCUUCAUUUUAAAUGUAUUAUAUUUGUAUAAAUAACACACCGCUAACAUGUGGCCAAUGUACUGUACAUUUUAUUUUCUAUUCUAGUCUGCUCAGACUUCAACAAGCACUUUUGAGGAUAACUGUGUAUGAAACACAUUGUCUUAACGUGGUGUACGUACAUGAAGCCUCUUGAUAUACAGUAUAUAUUUUUUUCUGUAAGAAACAGCUUGCUCUGAAUCAUCGUUAAAUACUAAAUUAGCACUUUCGGGGGGUAAAAUGGAAGAUAACCUCAAAGUUUCUAACUUUUUUUCUCUUUAUCACACAUUGUAUAAUGCAAACUUAAAAUAACAAUGCGUGCUAUGAUUUCUGUUAAGCUCAAAGCUACCAUGGUGAAAUAUGCUACUUAUUCAGUAAAUGCAAAUUAGCUCCUUCAGUUAGGUGAAAAGGUGUAUUUUGUAUGGCAUUGUGGUUUUGUCACAACAAUGAACAUUACUUUCCUCUUUUAGGGAACUUUUAACAAUGUGGUGUUUUACAUGAAAUAUGAUGUUGUUUUAUUCAUUAAAGAAGCUGUUUCAAAUCCAAACAUGU